GCAAAUACAAGGAAACGUUAAUUAGCUGGAACAGGGUGGACACCGAUCAGCUCAGUUCUGUUAGAAAAGUCCAAGCUGCUGAAAUUAAACUCUGAUGCCAUUCAUGCCAGCAUCCAAUCACCAGAGAGACCAGAAGUUCAGAGAUGCCUCCAAGCUGCCAACAAGAGUGGCUACUAUACGUCAAGGACUCUAACGCUGUGGUACAGGGGGAAGAACAACUUUAGAGAUGAUGCCCAGCUGGUUCGUAGAAACCCCAGCUCAUUUCUCUUGGAAAGAAAGUUAUUACCGAUCCACCAUGUCCCAGAGCACACAGACAAGUGAAUUCCUCAGUCCAGAGGUUUUCCAGCAUAUCUGGGAUUUUCUGGAACAGCCAAUUUGUUCAGUUCAGCCCAUUGACUUGAACUUUGUGGAUGAGCCAUCAGAAAAUGGUGCGACAAACAAGAUUGAGAUUAGCAUGGACUGUAUCCGCAUGCAGGACUCGGACCUGAGUGACCCCAUGUGGCCACAGUACACGAACCUGGGGCUCCUGAACAGCAUGGACCAGCAAAUUCAGAACGGCUCCUCGUCCACCAGCCCCUACAACACAGACCACGCGCAGAACAGCGUCACGGCGCCCUCACCCUACGCGCAGCCCAGCUCCACCUUCGACGCCCUCUCGCCGUCGCCCGCCAUCCCCUCCAACACCGACUACCCAGGCCCGCACAGCUUUGACGUGUCCUUCCAGCAGUCCAGCACAGCCAAGUCGGCCACCUGGACGUAUUCCACCGAACUGAAGAAACUGUACUGCCAAAUUGCCAAGACAUGCCCCAUCCAGAUCAAGGUGAUGACCCCACCUCCUCAGGGCGCUGUCAUCCGUGCCAUGCCCGUCUACAAGAAGGCUGAGCAUGUCACUGAGGUGGUGAAACGGUGCCCCAACCACGAGCUGAGCCGGGAAUUCAACGAAGGACAGAUUGCCCCUCCUAGUCAUUUGAUUCGAGUAGAAGGGAACAGCCAUGCCCAAUACGUAGAAGACCCCAUCACAGGAAGACAGAGUGUGCUGGUACCUUAUGAGCCACCCCAGGUUGGCACCGAAUUCACGACGGUGUUGUACAAUUUCAUGUGUAACAGCAGUUGUGUUGGAGGGAUGAACCGCCGUCCAAUUUUAAUCAUUGUUACUCUGGAAACCAGAGAUGGGCAAGUCCUGGGCCGACGCUGCUUUGAGGCCCGGAUCUGUGCUUGCCCAGGGAGAGACAGGAAGGCGGAUGAAGACAGCAUCAGAAAGCAGCAAGUCUCGGACAGCACAAAGAACGGCGAUGGUACGAAGCGCCCUUUUCGUCAGAACACACAUGGCAUCCAGAUGACAUCCAUCAAGAAACGAAGAUCCCCAGAUGAUGAACUGUUAUACUUACCAGUGAGGGGCCGUGAGACUUACGAAAUGUUGCUGAAGAUCAAAGAGUCCCUGGAACUCAUGCAGUACCUUCCUCAGCACACGAUUGAGACCUACAGGCAGCAGCAGCAGCAGCAGCACCAGCACUUACUUCAGAAACAGACCUCUAUGCAGUCUCAGUCUUCAUAUGGUAACAGCUCCCCUCCUCUGAACAAAAUGAACAGCAUGAACAAGCUGCCUUCCGUGAGCCAGCUUAUCAACCCUCAGCAGCGCAACGCUCUCACUCCUACCACCAUUCCUGAUGGCAUGGGAGCCAACAUUCCUAUGAUGGGCACCCACAUGCCAAUGGCUGGAGACAUGAAUGGACUCAGCCCCACCCAAGCCCUCCCUCCCACACUCUCCAUGCCAUCCACCUCCCACUGCACCCCCCCACCUCCGUACCCCACAGAUUGCAGCCUUGUCAGCUUCUUAGCGAGGUUGGGCUGCUCAUCAUGUCUGGACUAUUUCACGACCCAGGGGCUGACCACCAUCUAUCAGAUUGAGCAUUACUCCAUGGAUGAUUUGGCAAGUCUAAAAAUCCCUGAGCAAUUUCGACAUGCCAUCUGGAAGGGCAUCCUGGACCACCGGCAGCUCCAUGACUUCUCCUCCCCUCCCCACCUCCUGCGGACCCCAAGUGGUGCCUCUACAGUCAGUGUGGGCUCCAGUGAGACCCGGGGCGAGCGUGUUAUUGACGCCGUGCGCUUCACCCUCCGCCAGACCAUCUCCUUCCCACCCCGUGAUGAGUGGAAUGAUUUCAACUUCGACAUGGAUGCUCGUCGCAACAAGCAACAGCGCAUCAAAGAGGAGGGGGAGUGAGCACUACUGUAUGAGCCCUUCCCAAUCUCUUCCCACCUGCCCACCCCACUACAAGGCACUAUUGCUUGACUUUCAAAGCAUUCGCCCUAGCUCCUCUCCUUCCUCUUCUCAGUCUUGUUUCUUAAGGAAAGGAGAAGUAAGAGGCUACCUCUUACCUAAUAUCUGACCUGGCGUCUGAUUCUGAUUCUGGCUUUAAGCCUUCAAAUCUAUUGCUUGCAGGACUGAAGUUGUCAUGACUGGGUAGAAAUCAACAAAAAAGCAAUGGGUGUCUCCUUAAGCUGCAGAGAUCUCUCAUUGACUUUUAUAAAGCAUUUUCACCAUUAUAGUCUAAGACUAUAUAUAUAAAUAUAUAAAUACACAGUAUAUAUUUUUGGGUGGGGGCCAUUGAGUAUUGUUUAAAAUGUAAUUUAAAGGAAAAGAAAUUGAGUUGCACUUAUCCCUCUAUUUUUUUAAUUUACUUGUUUUGGGUGGCUUAUCUAUACCCCCUUUCUCAAGGAGUACCAUGUAUGGUAAUAAGGGUCAGAGCUUGUUGGUACGUGUGAGUGACAAUGACGUAUAGGUCCCUUCAGUUCUUUUGAUGAUAAACACACGCCACAUCAAACUUUUGGAUAGAUCCAGUUGUAUUUACCAUUGCUUAUUAUGUGGGUGAGACUGUAUACAUAUGUACUCAAUUCUCCAUGUUGGUGUAUUUUAUGUUACUGACAUCCCUACUAGUGAUGGUGGUUCACUUUGGGGUUAUUUAGUCCAAUUACAAGAAAAAGUUCAUGUUACACUAUCACACACUAGAGAAAAGGAAAUAUCCUCUCUUGAUUUUGGUUGGGAAUGGGGAGUGUGGGUCAUGGCUAAAAUUCUUAAAAGGUUCAUGGUAGCCAGUCCAAAAACACCUGGUAUCAUGAAUCUGAGUAUAUCAGCAACUCCUUCAAAUUUAAUACCAGAUGCCUUAUCUCUUAAUACUUAUUAGGAAAACAUUUGCUGCCAUUACAGAAGCCUUAAAACUAAAUUUCACCGCUACAUUAACUAACUCAAUUACACAUUUGAUACUCUUGUUAGAAUUAAGGUUGAUAUGAUUGGGAUGAAUGCCAUCAAUUUA